AUGCUACUUGGAGCCAAUAUUGAAGGAGACCUCAAGAUCGCUUGCUUUGUUGGGGGAGUCACAAGUGUCCCGAGGCCCAGCUAUUCCACAUUCGACUCAGUUAUUCCAUACCUCACAUACAAUCCACAUUGCUCUGCAAGUUUUAAGAGGAGGGAAGAAAAGAAGCGGUCUUGGCAAAAAAGGGUCUCCGCAGGAGAGUCUCUAAAGGAGACGGCUCGCGAAGAUGCUACUUGGAGCCAUUACAUAGGAGACCUCAAGACUGUUUGCUUUGGUGGUGAAAUCAUUCUUGCUUUGCUGAGAUCUUCGAAGUCCAUCCGUCGAUGGCAUCCUCCACAAGUCCAUCCGUCGAUGGCAUCCUCCUCCACAAGUCCAUCCGUCGAUGGCAUCCUCCUCCACAAGUCCAUCCGUCGAUGGCAUCGUCCACAAGUUCAUCUUCCGGCGAUCACAUUCAAUUCAAUCAAUCAACAGUCUAUCAUUUCAUCAUGCCAGGGACUUCAAGAGGAGGAAAGAAAAGAAGCGGUCUUGGCAAAAAGGGUCUCCGCAGGAGAGUCUCUGAAGGAGACGGCUCGGGAAGAUGCUACUUGGAGCCAUUACAGAGGAGACCUCAAGACCGCUUGCUUUGGUGGUAAAUCACAAUCGUCCCUCGGCUCGUCCCUCGGCUCGCUCACCGAUGAAUCAAUUCCUCCGCCAAAUCUCACAUCACACCACUCGGCACCUGCGACGGGGCAGGCUUCAGCUUCGGCACAAUCGACACAUCCUCUCUCUCAUUCCUUCACGUCCUUGCACCACUUGAUCAAUUUCCGCGACGAGAUUCCACUUUUCUUGUCAUGCCAAGUCUGGUCCUCGGGCGCUCCGUGUGAAGUUCAGUCACUACGAUUUUUUCACGUCUACUACUACUUGUCUCCAAUUUCAGCUGUCUGCAUUGAUGAAAUGUUAUGA